AUGCUGCGCAGGACGAUGUGGCGACUGGGUGGUGGUGGCGGUGACUUGUUCCCGACAACAAAGGAGGCUGCCCACCUCACGCCGUCUUGGGUCAUGGCGCGGCACCCACCGCCGCCACCGGGUCAAGGUAAGUGCUACGUCAGCACCACGAGACCGGCGGUGCGUUCCAAAUGGCAGCUCACUGUGCCGGAGGUGCACACCCUGACGGUGGCGCAGCUGGACGCACCGACACCCCGCAACGCUGUUCUCCCGCGGCCGUCAGGACGUGUGGUAAAGGCUGCUCUAAACGGUGUGAACAGCGCACUCAGCCACAAACCGAAGCCUAGUCUGAGUGGUAUAGCAGCGGUAAAUAUAGCGGCGAAGAAAUAUAGUGAGGCCCGCAUGAAGACACGGGACUACGCCGAGCACCAGCGUCCAGCACGGCUGCCGCCUGGAUGGGAGAGGACAUCGGAUGUGGUGAAUCUUUCGGAGUGGAUGUAUAAACGUAUCCACGACCAUCGCAAGUGCGUUAGUGACAACAAAAAUGGAUACGAAAAAGAGUACAUGUUCUGGGAGGCGAAGCCAGCGCCGCCACAAGUAAAGAAGUAG